CAACAUUAGCGGACUUUUUACAUUGUUGAAACCCACGAAUCAAAACCGCGAUAAACCCAAAAACCCUUUCCCCCAAAAUCACAACUUUUUUACUCAAAUUCUCUUCAAAAGUCAGGUAUUUUACUGAUCUUUUCAUUUUUGUUCAAAAUCUUGUUAUAUUCACUGAUUUUCUCUUCAAUUUCCAGUUCAAAAUCUAGUAAAUUGAACCCAAAAUUUUCCAUAAAUGUACAAAUUUACCAUUCUUGAUGAUUUCUAAGCAAAAUCAAGAAUCACCAUUUCUUUAAAAUCCCUUCAAAAUCUAGUAAAUUGAACCCAAAAUUUUCCAUAAAUGUACAAAUUUACCAUUCGUGAUGAUUUCUAAUCAAAAUCAAGAAUCUCUAUUUCUUAAAAACCCUUUAAAUGGGUGCAUUAACAAUCAAUAAAAAGAGAGGUAAUGAUUUUUUCUCAUCAAAUUACAAAACCCCACUUUCAAAUUUCUCUAAUUUUGAUCACCAAAUUACCAAAAAACUCAAACUUUCAAUAAAUCAAGAAACCCUAGUUCCAAGAUUACAAAGUAAAACAAGUAAAUCAACUGUACAAAGGUUUUUGAAGUACCCGAAUCCGAUUAACCCGAUUCGAAGAGAAGUUCAUGGUCCUUGUAGGCAAUCAAGAUUUGAGUACAUUGUGAAUUACAAGGGUGAAAUGGGUAGUUCGACAUCGAAAAAGUAUGAGGGAAGUAAAAGAAGUGAUUUGGAUAAGUUGAGAUGUUUUAAGAAAGAUAGUGAAGUUAUAGAUAUUGAUGAUGAUGAUGAUGAUGAUGAUAAUGAGGAAGUGGAAGUUAGGGGUUGUGAAAAAAAUGUGGAAAUUUUGGAUGAUGAUGAGGAAAUGGAAGCUUGGGGGUGUGAAAAAAAUGAUGUUUGGGGAAAAAAUGUGGAAAUUUUAGAUGAUGAUGAGGAAAUAGAAGCUUGGGGUUGUGAAAAAAAUGAUGUUUUGGGAAAAAAUGUGGAAAUUUUGGAUGAUGAUGAGGAAAUGGAAGCUUGGGGUUGUGUAAAAAAUGAUCUUUACAAAAAAGAUGUGGAAAUUUUGGAUGGUUACGAUGGUAAGGAUCCAUCAGUGGUAACAACGAGCUUGGAUGAUGAAAAUUUGAAGGAAGAGAGUGUAGGAAAGCUGAUAGACUCGUUAGCGGUGGAGCGCACGUCGGAUUCGUACUUUUAUGUCCCUUUGUAUAAGAAACUGCUUGGUUCAGUGGAGAAAAUAAGUGAUAAGUUGAAAAGGAUACAGUUUCAGAUAGGAUAUAAUGAGAAGCGUCUUGAAACGAGUAGGUUGUUGCGCCCUCAGAAGAAAGGAGAAAAGGUUAAAGAGGAUGUGGUUGAAGAAGCAUUUGUGCCUCUUACUGAAGAGGAAGAGGAUGAGGUUUCUCGUGCUUUUUCUAAAUCCAAUUGGAGAAGGGUUUUGGUAAACCAUGAAAACUCCAAUAUUGAUAUUACUGGAGAAAAAUUGCAAUGUUUGAGACCUGGCCAAUGGUUGAAUGAUGAGGUUAUCAAUGUGUAUCUUGAACUGUUAAAAGAGAGAGAGAAAAGGGAGCCCCAGAAGUUCUUGAAAUGUCAUUUCUUUAAUACAUUCUUUUACAAGAAGUUGAUAAGUGGCCAAGGAGGAUAUAACUAUCAAUCUGUGAGAAGAUGGACAUCCCAAAGAAAGCUGGGUUACAGCCUCCUUGAAUGCGAUAAAAUUUUUGUCCCUAUCCACAAAGAAAUACAUUGGUGUUUAGCUGUUAUCAAUAAAAAGGAAGAGAAGUUCCAAUAUCUUGAUUCACUCAGAGGAAGGGAUAGUAAUGUGUUGAAAGUGCUGGCUAGAUACUUUGUUGAUGAGGUGAAGGACAAGAGUGGGAAACACAUUGAUGUUAGUUCAUGGGAGCAAGAGUUUGUUGAGGACCUUCCAGUGCAAAAGAAUGGGUAUGACUGUGGUGUGUUUAUGAUAAAAAACGCGGAUUUCUACAGCAGAGAUAUAGGCCUCUGUUUUAAUCAGGAACACAUGCCAUAUUUUAGGUUGAGGACUGCCAAAGAGCUCUUGAGGUUGAAAGCAGAUUAAACAAUCUUGAGCAGGUCCCUUUUUUGUAAUGUGGUAUAUCCUGUUUCAACAAAGGAAUGAUUUUGUAGCCCAAUAGUUGGUUUUGGUAUGAUCGAUGUGAGGCCAGCUAUUCCUCGAAGACCCUUAGUGUAUGAUAUGUCAAAAGUGUGUUAUAAAUCCUUUGCUAGUUAUAUGCAAGAAAGGCUUAAUUUUGCAGCUUGAAUUUGGAAGUGCUUCUCCCCACAGAGCAUUAAAAUUUCACUAUGUUUAUAUGAAUCUAGAGUUGUAAACAUGUGCUUCUUUCUCCUUCUGUAACUAGUCUCUGUGUUGAAGCUGGUUGGUGGAAAGAUUUUACACCUUGUGCACAGAGGUGGAUUCAAGAUUUAAGCUUUACAAGUGCAACCUUUAAAGUCUAUAGCAUUGAACUCAUUGUAUUUUUUAAGUUAUGGGUUCAUGUCGAUGCGAAUGCAUCGGAUGGAUUCAAUCGAUUGAUAAAUAGAGGGUUUAUUCCAAAUAGUCAUUUUGAUCAA